UUUAUGAUUUUAAAAUUUUUACAGAUCACUUAGUUGUGAAAACCUAGUAAUGCAUGAAAGCUGGAAAGCACUCAACCGACCCCACUUUAAACAAAGCCACUCAAGGUCUUUGAGGCAGAAUUGACCUAGGCGUAGUUUUUCAUCCGUCUCGUUGUAAUGGGAUUAAAAUCAUCAUGUAUGAUGUUAAUAGAUUUUGUUUUCUUUCUAUUGCAGGGCAAGCAAGAAUAAACGCUUUAGAAGAGGAAGAGCAAGCCCUGCACGCACUAAACUUACAGGACGACUCAUAAGACCGUUUUGUAAACUAGCUCUCUUUCUGUACAGAACCCGCGAAUUUUAAUUUUAAAAUAAACGUCUAUUGGCCUCCAUUCCUCGUUCUCUCUGUGGUGUAAAGUGUUCAAUUAACAUUGUGUGUGUUGUGGCUUUAGGUCUUCCCGUCUUCCAGUGACUGCUGAUUACACGUGUUACAUCUGCAUUUCUUGCGUUCACUAAGUUACAGACCAACAUUGGCCAGACUGUAAUUUAUAGACGAACAAAUUAGAUAUAAGAUAACAAGUCACGAACUCCGGCGCGAAGUUCAUCCAUACAUUUAUCUAAUUAGAGUUUUGGCAUCAUAGCUCAUAUAACUUCAGCGUCGCUUGAGGGUCGUUCAUAAAUUGUAGUCACACCUCAAUAUUUUCUAUUAUCAAUCGCUCUUGCAGCUUUCCUCACGCACGCUACCAUAGCACCUACAUCAAUAUACACCGCCAACUUAUUUUCGAUAUUUCACUUUAUCAAAAUGGCAGUCCCAGAACAAUAUAGUUCCAGACAGUUCGAGCGAAAGAAAAUAAAUUUCAAAGGUAUCAAACAGGUCUUAAACGCGGAAUCUCAAGUUAGCUAUUCACCAGAUGCUGUUCUUUACAAUCAUCUAAAUGCACCACCAUGCAUUUGUCCACCUAUGAAAGUUUCUGAUUUAAGUGGGAUACCAACCGCUUAUACAGAUCCAUUGACAAAACUAAAUUAUGCAACUUGUUCCGAGUUUAAAAGAAUACGUUAUUUGCCUCAGCAUAUCGUUAAUGGGUACCUGGCUUUGAGAGGAGUAUCUAAUAUUUAAUAACAACAAUGCACUAUUAAUUUUUAAUUUGGACAGUAUCUGGUUUUUGUCUGUGUAUGAUAUUGUUCAUUCAAUUGCAAUAGACGCUCCAACCUCUUCCAAUACUUUCUUUAUUUGCUCAGCUUCGUCCUUGCUCACGUCAGUCUUUAUAUUGGCAGGUGCACUCUAAAAGAAAUAAUUAAGGUUAUUAAUUUUUUUAAGCUAGCAGUGUGUAAAUAUAACACGCUAUUGAGUGUAUUUAGAAAAGCGGACUAGCUGCAUUAAUAUUAAAAACUAGGUGGGUGGGUACUUUUAAAUCUAGAGUGGUUGUCUAGUGCAUCCAACUGUUACUAGUUUUUUUAUCAAUAGCAAUACUUGACACAAUGUAAAUGUGCGCUUUUCUACAGAAUAAAGUAACUAAAUAAAAGUGCCUAGUCGAAUGACAAGGUAGUUGAGGCAUGUGCUACGCAUGCCUAGUUACAUCAUCCCUGCGCGAUUCACUAGCUAUCACCCAUGUAUCGGGGACUGUAGAUGAUAUGAUUAAAAGUUGGCUACACAUACAUUCACUAUAACUACAUGCAAGCCCUAAACAACAUUCCAAGCUGCUCUUCCCCGAUUUCUCUUGUCCUUUUUGCUUUUUAUACAGCUUUUUGCUACUGUCCUUAAUUUUAUGUACACUUUACACUCACUUCUUACCGUUGUACUGACGUAAAGAAGCAGGCAGACGGACUGAUAAACACCAUAAGGUGUCGAAAAUUAAACAACUGCUGUGCUGCUAACUUGGACUUACUUCUACGAACUUUUUAGCUUGUACAAGAUUCAUCUCUGGAAUAACUUGUUUGAUCUCUUUAAUAAGUUGGAUUUUUUUGCUGCAUCAAAUUUCACUAGCUUGACUGAAAAUGCAGUUUUCGUAGGCGCUUGUUGUUCUUCAGGCUCUUCGGGAGGUUGGUUUGUUGGCGCUUGAACCAUCAUAGGCAUCAUGGGCCCGGUAUUCUACAUAGGCACAAAAGAAAAAGGGAUGAAUGGUGUUGCCAAGACGACAUUGAAAACUGCAAUUAAACCACCUAAGUCAGGGCACAGCACUAAAAGGGAUGGAAUAGUUUGAGCAUAAUUACUUACAGUAUGAGUGCUUCAUUAAGAAGAAAUCGGAUAUGAUCGAAGUGACUUUGAUCGGAAAAAGUAAAUAAAGUAAUACGAGCACAGCUCACUAGCAGUACACAAAAGUGUUAAACAGUGAAACACUACAUGGAGUAUACUAAUGUCACAACGCGAAUCCUUUGAUGGAGGUUAGGGUACACAACAGAAUUGGGAGUUUGUGGUAACCUAUAAUGUCCAAUUCUCAGCUAGAUUGCUUAGAUCAGUAGAAAACCCUUGAGUGAGGAAUGGCUGAACAAGAAAAACUGCUGAAGUUUGAAGACUGAAAAGUCUAAGCCAAGAAACCAGAAAUCUGAAUGUGAUUAUGCUCAGGGACCUGUGAAAACCCUUCAGAUAUUUGGGAACUUACAGGUAACGACUGCAUUAAUGAUGGCAUUUAGCCUACUGUUUAUGGUUUGAAUAAGUCUUUUACGCGUCAAACAUCUGAUGUUUUGUCCUGUUUCUCCAAUUUUGAGGGAAAGUAGCAAGUUUCAUUGAAACUCAUGUUCUAAGAUUUCAAUUAACCCUUCGCAAUGUUCAGGACCUAGCGAAACCCUAAACCUUUUAAAAUGUGUUUAUAUUCUCUCUCACCCAUUUACGAGCACCUUUAAGGAAUCGUCUUUUACUAAUUUUGUACUUACGAUGGGGAUAAUGAAAAUAAUCCCAAUACCCGAGAACGUAUCUGAUGAUAGAGAUCCAAAGUUUAAAACCGUGAUAAUAAAUUUACCUUUCCUCAGGACGAUGGAGAAACUACUACUCACACUUUGGCUUGAACUGGAUGAGCCUACCGACUCAUAUAAGUUUGUUUAUACAUGUGAAAGAAGUACCCUAGAUACUGCUGUUGGUUUUGCAUUACACCAUAGUGUUUAGCCUCGUAAAGGGUGGGAAUUAUAUUCGAUGUGCAUUUCGAGACUACUGUCACUUUCAAUUCUGUUUCAAUACCACUAGCACCAAGCAAGGUCGCCAACGUUAAAACUGAGAACUGGAUAACCAACUGGCUGCGUUCUUACUUCUCUGGAAGAGAACAGUAUACUGUAUUUGGAGGGAAAUAUUUUACUUCAUUACUAGCUUAAGCGGGUGUACCAUAAGGUACUGUUCUUUCCCCUCCUACUUUUUCCUCUACUCUGCGUGAUCUGCCACCCUCUGCAAAGGGCACUUCUGUUAGGUAUGUGAACGGUUUUUAUGCAUGUACACCGGUCUUUCCGUAGUAAACAUUGUACGAUGGUCUAUUAUUAAUGCUCUCAAACUUAAUACUUCGGAAUGUCAAGUAGUUAUUGUAACCUGAGUCAUGAAAAGCAUUCAAACACCCUUUUGGAAUCGUAUGAAGUUUGUACUAUCGAAGAUUCUACGAUAAACUAUGCCAAAUAUCACUUGCCUUGGUGCAAGUUUGUUAAGAGCUAAUACAUUAACGUUAAUUACUGGAGAUAGACAGCAUGAAAAAUAGCGAACUUAAUGUACGACUUUGAAUUAUGAGAUGAGGUGUCAAAAUAAUAAAACCCUGUCAGAAAUGAGGUAUUUUUCGCUAAUAAAUGUUGUUAAACCAAAGGGAAAAACUAAUAGGAGACAAAAUAUAACCACGUGAAAAAAGGUACAACCUUCAGAAGCAGCGCCAAAGAUUCUAUCUUAUAAUUUAUGCCGUCAGUUAACUUGAUAGCAGUGCAAAAUACUAAAGAGAUGUUUAACCCGCAAUAUAAAAGCUACAGCUGUCUGAUUUUUUUGUAAAAAGAAACUAGUAGUGACAGUAUAUUCCGAGGUGUGUGAUAUAAAGCUUAUAAGGAAAAAAAUUUUCAUAUAUACCACUACUUUAAGAGAGUCCAACAUCACAAAAAGAGGGAGAGUGGUGUUAAUGAUCGGCAAACGUGAUGGUGGGACGAUAGCCUUAACCCACCAAUGUGAGUAGGACAGAUUAUUUUAUUUAAUUAUAGUCACGUACGAUGUCGUGGAUCAGUGGUAUUGAUGUCAAUUUUUUACGUCAAAUAGCUUUUCGGUUCGUGUUUGCGACCCUGAAUUGGUUUCACUUCCUAACGAGAAAACCUAUUGCAAGCAAGUCUAAACAAUUAAUCUGAAUAUGGAUCCAAACAUGGCUCUAAAGAAUUUCUGACAAUAAAAACGAGCUAUAAUAAUUUUGACGAAAAAAAGCCAGUUGGCAUUUCAACAUCGUACUUUCCUUGCUAAAUUUUACAAAUACACUGAUUGCAUCCAGAGAAUCCUUAACAUAAUGUGGUGAUUUACCAUUCGGAUUGCUGAAUAACUUAUCAACCAAACGUCAUAGUUAGUAUGAUAUCCUAUAUACCCUGCAACCUUUGCACAUACUUUAACACUACCUUUAGAAAACGGGACAGCUUCCUCACAAACCUCAAACUUUAAACAUACAGCUCAACUCCAUAUCGAAGCUCAUAUAUUAAGCCGCCCGUUCAAUUCGAGACUAUCUUUUAAUUGUUCCCACCUAGGUAGUAUCUGGCAUAAAUAAUUAUUUUCUCCAAUGUGGUGAUCAAAACUCAAAUUUUCAAAAUUCAAUAGAUGAUACAGACCGAAAACUCAGGAAAACUUCUUCCUCAUCAAGUAUGUAAUAAUACGGAACAGUCUUCCCUCUGAAAUACGAAUAGCAGAUGGAUUACAUACAUUUUUGAAACUGCGGCUGGUUAUGUUUAGGAGACACGUCUCUUAAAAUAAAACUAACACUUAACAACCACACACUGCCCAGACUAGCAUCAGUAACUGAUCUAGGGGUACAUUACUCACACAGUCUUAAUUUUUUUGAACACAUCUCAGCCAAAGCAUCUAAAAUGCGAAAAUCGAUUGGCUUCAUUAUCCGUAAUUUCCAUCAAAACGAAUCUAAAAUCCUUCUUUAUAAAGGUUGUGUGAGACGUAUCGUUGAGUACUGCUCGUUCUUAUUUUCAAACAUAUGCCUGAUAUACUAAAGGUGGAAGGAAUACAACGAGACUUCACCCUCAAAAUACUUAAGAAUGAGUCGGUCGUUGACUACAGUUUCCGAUGCCAUAUAUUAGGAAUAGCAACCCUUUGGGAGAGAAGCCUUAGGUGUAAUUUGGUUCUCUACUUCAAGCUGCACAAAAACCUUACUUAUACAACAUGAAACAUGGUUUUGCCCGAUAUUCACAUGAGUGCGAACUUCGGAACAAAUUAUCUACCGUCAAAGAUGAGAAAUACAGAUAAAAAACUCGGGAAAACUUCUUCCUCAUCAAGUAUGCAAUAACAUGGAACAGUCUUCCCUCUGAAAUACAAAUGGCAGAUGGAUUACAUACAUUUGUAAAACUGCUAGAUCAAGCCCUCACUUGCACAGAACUAACACAAACGAACACAUCUGCGUCCAACUCAGACAUUAUAGGCUCUCUACAUUUAUAGACCGAAUUGCCUUAUUUUUCCCACUUUGCACUUGUAUUAGUUGCUUUUUCCACUCUAUUUCUUCGCUUGAAGUAGACAGGUAACUCACUGGACCUAUCGAUACUGUUCAACUAAACUCAGUCGCUAAGAGAAACUCACUACCAUCCUAAAAGUCAAGAAGACCACACAAUCGACUGCCUACUACCAAUGGUCUUGCAUCUAUGGAGCCUGUUACCCAUCAACUGGUUAGGACAACACAAAAUAACAUCAGCACCAAGUUAGUGUGAGUUUCUUCCUGUUUAUUAUUUAUUAGCUUUUUACUCUUUUGUACACUACGUUGACUAGCAAUUAAUAUUAUUUAGCCACUCGUUACCUUAUCUACAACUCAUAUACUCCUAUACUUUUCCGCCUGCUUUAAUAAACAACCAUCCUACAUUGUACCUUUCUUAAUGCUUAUACUCUGAUUGGCGAACUAUAUUUUGUGCCGUAGUCAAUUAAAGCAUUGCAUCGAUGCCUUACUCACAGUCCAUAACUUGUAACUGCCUGAUAAGCUUAUAAAAUGGUACUUAUAGAAAUAGUGUUUUCCAACAGGAUGCGAAACACAGAGGAUUGUGUGAGGUAUGACAUAUAUUCAAAAAUAAGCUUAAAUGAGCCUAACAUCACACAAAGAGGGAGGGUAGAGUUACUGACCAGCAAGCAUUGAUGGUGAGGGCGAUGACUUCAAUCCACCCAUGUUUGUGAGGCAGAACAUUUUGUUUGUAUCAGGCUCUUUAUGUUUGAGAACAAGUCAAUCAAUCUGUGAUAUAGAUUGUCUUCCUACGCUCACCACUCAGACUCAUGUUUUCAAUUUUAUGCUGUAUUAACUAUUCUACUAAGACAACCUAGGUUCACAGGAACGAAGCUGCAAUUGAACUACGAUGGUCUGAGUUGGUUCAUAAGCUCUAACCAACAGCUGUGGCCGAUCUUAGGUCACAUAAUAGGUGCAUUAGUUAGUAUUGUAUUCAUAGUUGUCAUCUAUGGUGGUGAAGUAAAACCAUCUGAUUUCAUCUACAUGUCCGCAGCACUUAUAACUGAGUUAAAUGAGUUGCUGACAGUAGGCAUUUAUGUAAAUAUGUGUCAGGUACAUUUUACAGUUAAAUUAGUUGCUGUUAUUUGUGACACUCCAGCUCGCAGUUACGUCAGGAAUGUUGUUGGACACAACGGUACCGCUGGCUGUGACAAAUGUCAUGCUUUAGGGACAUGAAUGGGUUGUCGAGUGACUUUACCCAAUGGUGAACACCAGUUGAGAAGUGAUGUAAGUUUUCGUUGUGGGUCACAAUCUACCCAUCAUCGUGGUUGUAGUGCAUUCGAAAGUCUACCACUAGAUGUGAUAACAUACUUUCCAUCGGAACCGAUGCAUAUGAUGUAUGUAGGUUUUACUAAAAACUGAUUUCCUUAUGGAAGGAUCUAGCCGUUAAUCGACUUAAUGGAAUGGACCAAUCUAUUUUCUCGUUCAUCAGUUUAGCAUUAGAAUUAUGUACAAAUCAUACUACAUGCGACUUUCAAAUGAAAUGUCGUUCAUUAUAUGAAGUUUCUGUAUGGAAAACAACUGAAUGUCGGUUGUUUUUAUCAUACUUAGGUACUGUAGUUCUUCAUGAUAGGUUACCAUCAGCAAUUUACAGAAACUUCCAGUGCCUGUCCUUGUCAGUACAUUUAUUAUCACACCCUAAGUUGCACACCAUAUUCGCGAACAGUGUUCGGGUUCAUGUGAACAACUUCUUAUCAGGUUACGAAAACUGUUACGGUAGGGAUCACUUGAUCUGUAAUGUGCAUAGUUUAAAGCACAUUGCAGAGGACGUUAUAGAACAUGGCAGUUUGGAGUCGUUCUCUGCCUUCCUUUUUAAAUAAUACAUGAGGGAAAUCAGGCGUUCGGUACAUUGCGGAUUUGCUACGGCUAAACAAGCUGCACGGCGAUAUGCCGAAGAAGUUUACUUUCAAAGUGUAUUAAAUCAGUAUAUGGCUGACAAUCUGACUGAGCCUGAGAAACUCAAAGUUAUCUACUACAAGGCCAAACAAUGUAGUAAUCGCCAAUGGUCAACCAGGGUUCGUCACACAAAUAGCUGAUGGAGGCCGAAUUAGGUUUCAGGUGUUCCAUAACCAUUAUAUACUGACCCUUUUCCCUCCGGUACUAUCGGUAUAUAUAUAUCGCGUCGUUGUGAUGAUAACAUUUAUCCGAGGAAAUGAAAGUCUGUUUAACCGCAGUACUCGGUUGCAAUAAUAAAAUUACAGUAGAUGAUGAAACGCUACCGUGUGAAGCGGAGAAGCCGGAAAGAUAAGUUGUUCAACUCACUAAAUCACUUUUUUAGGGCUGUUAAACGAAAAUUUAACGACUAUCUAUGCAACUUUGAAGAACUAGAUGUUGCUGAGGUUGAAGCUGGAUUCGCCUUGGUCGACUUUCCGGUUGUCAACAUUUCGACAGGAAACUUUUCACUCAUAGCGAAGCAGUUCAUCGAAAACAGAGGUUUUCUCACCAAUGCUUCCAUGUACAUCAACGGAAGUUAAUAAACCGUUGUGCAGUGAUGAAAGUAGAACCCUGAAAAUGAUUCUGAAAGCAGUCACUGAACUGUCUAACAAGAUAAAUAAACUGAUCGCUUUCAAUGAACGCUCAUCCAUGGGUGUAAUGGACAGGCGUACCGACCAAGUAGACAAUUGAACUAUUGCUUUCCCAUUAAGAACACAUGAGGAGUUGCGUUCUUUUGAAAUUGCUUUAUAUGAGUUAAAGAUCCGUGAUCAGUUCUGGCCAGAUUGUACGAGCUCGUAUGUGAUGACCCUCGUAUAUCUGCAAAAGCCUGUCUAAGUUAUCUGUUGUCGCCGGAACUGGCGAACACGUACACUUUACACGGAACGAAAAGUAAAUCUGGUAUUAGUAAGUACAAAUUUUACCGGAUGAUUCAAAGUGUUCUGUGUUCCCGAUUCCGAAGUGCAACCUGUCCCGAAAAGAAGUAGUACACGCCAUGGAUUUUGCAGGCUAGGCUUUCUUGCAUGACGCGAGAGAUAAAGUAAAUAAGCGUGGAUGGCGAUCCAAAGAAAGGAUGGCUUCGCAAUUUUUAACAGACGUAACUGUAAGUUUUUUGUUCGCAUUAUUAACAACAUUGUUACACCGUUGGUACGUCAUUGACGUGAGUGAUAGUUCAACGUCUACGUAACGUGCUUACAUUACAAAGCAAUAGAGAAAACAUGUAUAAAUCAAUGAUUUGUAAUUUUAUAAACCGUAAUAAAAAUUUUAAUGUGUCAAGAAUCAGUCUUUUAAUUACAGCGAUAGAUCGGUUAACGUUAAGUUUCUUUGGCGCUGCGUUCUCUGCAUAAUUGACUUAAAAUAAUGGAAUAUCGCAGUAAAAACUAUAGGUACUCAUUCUCGCCUGGCUUUUCUGUAUAUCUGUAAAAAUCUGUUGAAAAGUAUUGCGUUCAAACAAGUUUGCAAAAACUGUAAUAAGAUCAUGGUGAUCUUUUGGGGAAAAGCGCAAAAAUCAGUGGAAAUUUUCGGGGAAAAACGCAAAAUUUCCUGGAAAUUGUGAAAAAUGUUGGGGUUUUAUUCAUAAAUAUAAGCCGAUUCCCCCAAAGUGUAGUAAGAUUCUGCGGAAAUUUCGGGGGAAUAAUUGUGAAAUUUCCAGAGUUUGAUACGAUCUUUAAUGAAGCGUGUAGAUUGGCAGAUUUCCAAAUGACAAUAAGUCGAAAAUAAUAGUUGUGAUUGCACCAGAAUAGAAAGAUUACUCAUGAGAAAUGAUUUUAGGAGACGUUUUAUGAUUUUAAAAUUUUUACAGCUCACUUAGUUGUGAAAACCUAGUAAUGCAUGAAAGCUGGAAAGCACUCAACCGACCCCACUUUAAACAAAGCCACUCAAGGUCUUUGAGGCAGAAUUGACCUAGGCGUAGUUUUUCAUCCGUCUCGUUGUAAUGGGAUUAAAAUCAUCAUGUAUGAUGUUAAUAGAUUUUGUUUUCUUUCUAUUGCAGGGCAAGCAAGAAUAAACGCUUUAGAAGAGGAAGAGCAAGCCCUGCACGCACUAAACUUACAGGACGACUCAUAAGACCGUUUUGUAAACUAGCUCUCUUUCUGUACAGAACCCGCGAAUUUUAAUUUUAAAAUAAACGUCUAUUGGCCUCCAUUCCUCGUUCUCUCUGUGGUGUAAAGUGUUCAAUUAACAUUGUGUGUGUUGUGGCUUUAGGUCUUCCCGUCUUCCAGUGACUGCUGAUUACACGUGUUACAUCGUAAUUUUUCACUUUUAUCGCUAAUCGUUUUGUAUUAACUUCGUCUAUUAAAUGUUAGUGCAUUUCUUGCGUUCACUAAGUUACAGACCAACAUUGGCCAGACUGUAAUUUAUAGACGAACAAAUUAGAUAUAAGAUAACAAGUCACGAACUCCGGCGCGAAGUUCAUCCAUACAUUUAUCUAAUUAGAGUUUUGGCAUCAUAGCUCAUAUAACUUCAGCGUCGCUUGAGGGUCGUUCAUAAAUUGUAGUCACACCUCAAUAUUUUCUAUUAUCAAUCGCUCUUGCAGCUUUCCUCACGCACGCUACCAUAGCACCUACAUCAAUAUACACCGCCAACUUAUUUUCGAUAUUUCACUUUAUCAAAAUGGCAGUCCCAGAACAAUAUAGUUCCAGACAGUUCGAGCGAAAGAAAAUAAAUUUCAAAGGUAUCAAACAGGUCUUAAACGCGGAAUCUCAAGUUAGCUAUUCACCAGAUGCUGUUCUUUACAAUCAUCUAAAUGCACCACCAUGCAUUUGUCCACCUAUGAAAGUUUCUGAUUUAAGUGGGAUACCAACCGCUUAUACAGAUCCAUUGACAAAACUAAAUUAUGCAACUUGUUCCGAGUUUAAAAGAAUACGUUAUUUGCCUCAGCAUAUCGUUAAUGGGUACCUGGCUUUGAGAGGAGUAUCUAAUAUUUAA